ACGCCCAUGUAAAAUGUUUGAUUGAUAGAAAAAACCGACCAAUCCCUGACAACAUGACGUCUUAAUCUUGACCAAUAGUUAUUCUAAAGGGGGCGGGGCUAUAAUGGUUUAACGCACCGCAUUCUGUUGUGUGUGCGCGCGGCUACUUACAGCUAGAACUGAUGAAGGGUGACCGCUUUCUUUUUGUAAAUUCUUAUUGUGGAGUAAAAUAGAAGAACAUGUUAUCAUAACGUGGGGCAUGCUAAUUAAUGUUGAUGUUUCCUCCCUUUUCGAGUUGACAUCGAGAAGUCAAUGGUGCUGCUGCUGUGGAUUUUGUUGUAUCGUGACAUUUGAAAGACUCAAGGAUGGCAGGAAGUGCCAAGCCUACACAAGAUGAAGAGGUCCUGAGGCCCUCAAAGACACGUUUCCAUAGCUAUCUCCAUGGUGGAACUUCAAGCUUGUUCUCCACACUUAUUGUCUUCCCAGUCUACAAGACUGUUUUCCGCCAGCAAAUCCACAACAUUCAGGUUUACCGGGCAGUAGCGCAGCUCCACAAAGAAGGUCUUGUGAAGCUCUACAGGGGGGUGACCCCACCGUUACUGAUGAGGACACUCAGUGGUACACUGCUCUUUGGACUUCAAGAUACCUUGCUCCGCCUGCUCUCCCUGGCCUCCUUCAGUGUCAUCCCGUCCUCUGUGCUUCCUGCUGCGGCGGGGCUCGGUGUAGGAAUGAUCGAAGCGGUGCUAUUUACACCUUUUGAGCGUGUUCAGAAUGUGUUGCAGAGCGGACACAACGACCGCCGCUUACCAACACUAAAGAGUGUUCUUGUUAAGCUGAAAGCCCAAAAGCUGGCCUCUGGAUACUACCGCGCCUUCCUGCCCAUUGUGGCUCGUAAUGCCUUGGGCAGCUCCCUUUACUUUGGCCUGAAAGGACCCUUGAGUGCUGCUGUGACCGGGCAGGGGCUCUCCCCAUUAGCGUCCUCCUUCAUUUCUGGGACUGUGGCUUCCAUGGCGAUCAGCCUGACCCUGUUCCCUCUGUCUGUGCUUGUGGCCAACAUGCAGGUGGAGGUGCAGACAGAGGUGAAAGGCGUGAUGGCCUGCUGGAGGAUGCUGUGGAACUCCCGGCAGAGGAGUGUCCUAUUACUGUACCGCGGAGGUGCCUUGGUUAUUCUGAGAUCGUGUAUCACCUGGGGAAUCACCACAGCCAUCUAUGACAGGCAGCAAAAACACUCAAGCUGAGCAGCUGUUUCUAGAAAUAAUCGAACAGAAAUUCAAUACAUCCCACUGUGCAUCUAUUGGAUUUUCUCAACUUUAAGCAAAAUAGAAUUGGUAAAUUGCUGCUCAAAGAAGGGUAUAGCUGAUGUAGACAAAGUCUCCACUCUAUAUCAAUGUAGUAUGACUCCUUUAGUUAUUGUAUUUCAACAAGCAGUUAGGGAUACUCAACUUUCAGAUGACAUUUUAGUAUGAAGUAAGAAGAUGAACUUCAGAUGAAGAUUGGCCUUCUCUAAACUUUCGCAAGCACAUGUCAAGCUGUCCAAUGUUUCAACAACUUGCCAUUCUCAAGGAUUUGAAUGUGUUAAAAAAAAAAAAAAAAGGAUGUCCGCUUCUAUGCCAUUCUGUGACUCUUCCAGUCCCUCUAUACUCUAUCUCUGUUAUAACCUGCUGAGCUGAUGACACUGACGCUCUACGCUUAGUGACCACUUCCGUUGAAAACAUCCUGUUUGAAACCUCGCAAUGGUAAAAUACUGUUGAUCAAAUGUUGGGUGUCGUCUUGGUCUUAUGAUGUCGAAAUGUGAACAGAAUUAAGAGGACUGUUUAAAUGCCAAUUUUAAUUGAACAGGGAAAGUUGUUGGUCAAUUGAUGGAUUAAACACCUGUUGUGUGCCCUUCAGCUACUUGUUAGAGAACAGCAAGUUGUCUGAAAAGUACUGAAAAUGUCACAGUUGGAAGUGCAUUGAAAAGUUUCAAGGUCAAAUUAAGUUCAUCUGUAAAGGUUUUAGUGCAUUUUAGGUUCAUCCUGAAAUUUCACCCAAAAGCCGAAUAUUCCGAAGUUUUUGAGAGUAGUUUAUACAAUAAUGUAACCAUAAAUCAUGACUAUAAAAAGAAAUUGUUUAAAAAAACAAAACAAGAAGCCAUCUUCAUUUAGAAAAAAAAAGUCAUUUAUUCCCUGUUUCGACUUCCAUGUUGGAAACCCCAAAAUAAGGGUGCUGGUGACUCUCAUGUGCCUACUGUAUAAAAGUACUCAAGAAUCAGAACAGCUGAAUAAUGAAUAAUAUCCUUUGUGUAUUUUGGAGAGAAAUAUUUAAAAAGUGAUGGAUUUGUGUUCAAUAUGUAACGUUAAGGGUGUAGAGGUGGGAUGCGGAUGUUUUAAUGGAUUGAAAGAGUGGUAAGCGAAUCCACCAAGCACUAUUAUUCUUGGAAUGUAGAUAAAAUCACUCAACAAAUUCAAAACAUGCAAAAGAAACCUCAAUAUAUACAAGUAUAGUACAGUUUAGUCAAUUAGAAUAUCAUAUAAAUAGCUUAGGUCAAAAAGUUCAAUUCUUAUAUUGGACAGCUUCAUUAAAUACACAGAAAAACGCUUUUCAGAAGGCCAAUUUCUACCUAAUUUUUAUUAAAAUUCAGUUCGGUUGUUUCUUGUGUAAUAUUCUAAUAGGUUGAGAUCGUGAGUUGUGGGUUUUUGUUAGCUGUAAGCCGUAAUCAUCUAAUCAUAAAACUAUUACCAUCACAUAUUUUAUUUUGUGUUUAGUAAAGCUAUAUACUACACUGGUUUCACUUUUUGAAUUGAAAAUUUGAAAUAUUUAAAUUUAUCAAGGUGCACCUGGACUCUCACCGUUCACAAAAUCUAUACUGUAUAAAAUAAGACCUGUGUUGGAAAUAUGUGUCCUUUACAAAAACAAUAAUGCUCAGUUUUGAUUGAAACUGUCAGGGGUAGUAUUAAAGUAAGAAUACAAAAAUUAAUGUGAUUGAUGACAGUUGUGUAGAAUUGCAGUGCAUCAUACUAAAAGUUGUUACUGCAACAAUGUAUUGUUUAAGGAAUGUCUUUCUUGACAGUCUCCAUCAGAAUUGAGCAUUAAUAUGUUUGUGAAGCCACAAUUUUGUAUACGUUCGCAUAUUUAAUUGUAUUAGAUUGUGCAAUUGUAGCCUGUGAAGUGUAAAUAUAUAGCUGUAGAAAAAAAGCAAUUGACGUUACACUAGUCAUGGUUUUGCCUUAUUUUCUAUUAAAGCAAAUAUUUGUCAUGCA